UCCACUCGAAAGCAAACUUCACACCCCAAAAGCUAAGGUUCAAUCAUCUCAAUCAAAUUUAAAGCCUUGGUUAUAAAUGCAGUUGUAAAUGAUUGCCUUUCAAGAAAGAAAAAAAUAGUUCACUAUGAAGUUCUUUUACUAUCUCAUAUUUCUUUCUCUUCAUAUCCUUCAAUCUCCAUAUAUGGUCAAGGGAGACAAAAGGCUAAUAGAAAGUACAUGCAAAGCUACUCCCUCGUAUAAUUUAUGCAUAUCAACUCUCUUGUCAAACCCCAAGAGCACAAGUGGUGAUAUUAGUGACUUAGGACUUAUCAUGGUUGGUGCAACCAAGGCUAAAGCCACUCAAGCCAUACAACAAAUCAAGUCUCUUUAUAGGUCCCGACCUGAACUGAGGCACUCGUUAAACGAGUGCGCUCAGAUGUACAUGGCCGUGGUGAAGGCAGAUGUGCCUUCAGCCAUUCAGGCCUUGGAUGGUGGUCAACCAAAGUAUGCCGAGGAUGGAAUGGCUGAUGUCGCGGUAGAGUCUCAAGCUUGUGAACGGAGUUUUAGUGGCCGUGGUCAGAAAUCGCCGUUAACUCGCAAGAAUAAGGACAUCGAAAAUGUCUCUAAUGUAGCUAGAGCUAUUAUUAGGAUGUUACUAUAAAUAAUUUGUUAUUUCAUCUCAUGUUAAAGCAUGUAUGCAGUAUUCUAGCUAUAGAUUUCUAUAUAUAUAUUGUAACUUCUUUUUCCUAACAAAUACGCAUAGCUUACGUGUUCAA